AUGAUGGAUGCCAAUAGAGCUGAAAUGGAACUUGAAAGUAAAAAAUUGCAUAAACAAUUAGCUACAUUUCAAGAUGAAUUAGUGUCUAUGCGGACAAAAGUUCAAAGAAUUACUGAUGAAAAUGAAUCACUACGACGUGAACUACGACGUACUGUUGAAGAACGUCUAUCAGGCUCUCAUCCAGAUGGUUUCGUAAAUUUAAAUAAUGAUUCUGUUCUUGAAAUACGGAAAAAACAAUUAGAUCUAUUAGAAAAAGAAAAAGAGGAUAUUAUGAAUUUAUAUGAACUCAGUAAACAGACAGUUAUUAAACUUGAAGAAAAAAUCGAAGAUUUGGAAAAUCCAUUAAAACCACAUUUAAUUAGACUUGAUAUGCAAACUAAGCAGGCACAGGAAGAACAUGCUCGAGCCGAAGUACAACUUAUACAAGAAAUGAAUGUUAUACGUGAUGAACUUACAAAACGAAGUAGAGAUCUAGUGAAUUGUCAAUUACGUGUCAAAGAAUUAGAGCGACAAAAUGAAACAAUUCUAGCUGAAGUUGCUCAAAAACAAGAUGAUUUACGUAAACAUUUAAAAAAAGAAAUUGGAUAUGAUGGCACUUUUGUUGCAUUUCAAAGUUCAAUUGAUAACCUCGAAGUUAGGCUUGAACAUGCGUUAAAAGAGAAGGAAAUCGCUCAAGAACAACGCGAAGAUAUAGAAUCGAAAUUUAACGAUUUAACUCAAAAAAAUCGUUCUCUACAGGAAAAACUUGCUGAAGCUCUAGAUCAAUUACAACAACAGGUUAAUGCUCAUUCUACAUUGAAUCAUAGCCAUGAUGGUGACCGCGAUCGAUUUGAUCAUGAACGAAUGCAUCGAACAAUCGAUGAACUUAUAGGACAAGCAGCUUCUAAAACUCGUAGUGCUGUUGAAGAUGUACGUCAACAAUAUAAUGAAAAUUUAGAAAAAAUUAUGACAGAAUAUAAUAAAAUGGAAGCGGAAUUAAAUGAAAAACAAACUGAAUUUAACAAAUGUCUACGAGCUAAACGAACUAUUGAAGAAGAAUUAGAAAAGAUUUUACAAGAACGCCGUCUCAAUUUAGAAAAAAGUUCUUUGGAUAAUGAAGAUUUAGCUAAGAGAUGUUUUCAUGCUGAACGCGAAAGAGACGAUACACAGUUGAAAUAUGAACAAACUCAACAAGCACAUAAAAUGCUUCAACAAACGCAUACUGCGGAAAAACUCAAUCAUGAACAUAAACAAAAAGAAUUAACCGAACGAUUACAAAAAGUAACGAGUGACCUUGACAAAAUGACUAAUGAGUACACGUCAACAAUCAACGAAUUGAAUGAAUGCAAGAAACGAUUAUCAUCAAUACAAAAUGAACAAACACUGGUACAAAGACGAAUGGCUGAUUUAGUGAAAAGACAUGAAGAACAAAUCAUUGAAAAAGAAAGAGAAUGUCUAGUGCGAUUAACACAAAGAGAUGAUGUCAAUCGAGUAACAUUUAAUGAGUUACGAAAUUUAGUUAAUCGACAACAACGAAUGAUCGUUAAAUAUAAAGAAGAAUGUCAUACAAUAGCUAGUCAAAGUGAAACAAGAAUAAAUGACUUGAAACAAAAAAUCGAUAAUAUGCGUGGGCGCAAUGACCAAUUACAAUCCGAAGUUGCUGAUGUCAAACGAAAAGAAGCUGAAAUGGAUAGAAUUCUUGCAAAAAAUGCAAAUCGUAUCAAGUCAUUAGAAGAACGUUUACACGAUGCAGAAGAACAAGCUAUUGAAUCAUCAAGACGAGUUGCUAAACAACUAGUCCGUGAUCGAUUAGCCAUUACACAUGGUGAUCAGUAUUCAUAUUCAGGAAUACGACCAAUGCAUUCAACUUCAUUAUUCAAUUUAACAGCGCUUAAACCGCCAAUUAUUCCGUCAACAACAAUGACAGAUAGUAUUGAACAUUUUUCUGAUGAAAAAUAG